AUGCACGCAGCCACCGGUGCUGCUCUCCCCACCUUCCAGCCCCCGUUGCUGGACUUGGAGCGGCAGCUGAUCGUCAAACUGAAGCCUGGGAGCAGUGGGGAUAGGGUGGCAGCGACGGGUGUCGACCCGCUGCUCGGGGUGACCCUGCGGUCAGCCCCGCCGCCGCCAGACGGCGGCAGCGCGGUAGCGCCCUCGGUGCUGCAUGGGCGCCUGGAGCCCGGCGCCUCCCUGGCUCAGGCCCUGCAGGAGCUCAACGCCAGAGAAGAUGUGGAGUGGGCUGUGGAGGAUCACAUCAUCCUUCCGGCACGCACCCCCAACGACCCGCUCUACUACAAGCAGUGGGCGAUGCAGCGGGUGGGGGCCGAAGCUGCAUGGGACUUGUCGGUGGGCGGCGCGGUGGGGGCAUCCAAGGCGCCGCCGCGGCGGGCGCCUCCACCUGUGCCCCCACCCCGCGGCAACGCAACUUACAGCGCCAACGUCGUCGUGUGCAUUGUGGACUCUGGCAUCGACUUCCAGCACCCGCAGCUGGCCGCCAGCAUGCUGCCAGAGGUGGGGUGGAACUCUCUGGACCCAGCCCUGCCGCCGCUGGACAAGCUGGGGCACGGCACGCACGUGGCAGGCAUCGUGGUUUCCUCCAGCAACGACGACGAGCAGGUGGCUGGCCUGACGUGGGGGCCCUCCUCCGGCUCUGCAGUCCGCCUGCUGGCCUGCAAGUUUAUGUCCGACCAGGCGAGGGAGCUCUCUGGGUAUGGCUACACCAGCAACGCGGUGGCCUGCCUGGAUUACUGCCUGGCGCGCGGCGCCGACAUCAUCAGCGCCAGCUGGAGCGCGGGCACCGCGCCCAACCCGCCCCUGGAGGAGGCGGUGGGCAGGGCGGAGCGGCGCGGCGUGCUGCUGGUGGCGGCCGCAGGCAACCACGGCUUUUACCUGUCGGAGGUGGCCACCUAUCCGGCCUCCUAUGGGCUCAACCACAGCCUGGUGCUGACGGUGGGGGCCAGCGGGGUGCUGGACGAGUGGGCAGACUACGCGAGCUGGGAUGAGAGGGCGGUUCACCUGUCAGCGCCGGGCGCCACCAUCCUGUCCACCUGGCCGGGCGGGUUUGUGGAGUACAGCUCAGGCACCUCCAUGGCGGCCCCGUUUGUCAGCGGCGCCGCCGCGCUGCUGCUGGCGGCUAGCGGCAAGCGCCUCACGGCGCUGCAGGCCAAGCAGGUGCUCCUGGAGACGGCGGAGAAGCUGGAGAGCCACCAGGGGAGCAAGCCAGCGCCAGCGCAGCGCAAGCCAUCGCCAGCGGAUACUUCGCCGCCGCCGCCGCCCAAGAAGCGGAAGUCGCCGCCGCCGCCGCCGCCGCCAUCCCCGCUGCCUAAGAAGCGGAAGUCGCCGCCUCCGCCGCCUCCACCGAAGAAGACGAUCAAUCCUCAGGGCAAGAGGGACAAGUACAAGCCCUGCAAGAAGGGCAGCAGCAAAAAGUGCAAGCACCGCUGCGUAAAGCAGGAGGAGACCAAGCACGGCAAGCGCAGCAAAGAGUGCGGGUUCUACCGUCCUGCUUAG